CCGAACGUGACGCUUGAAGGCUAAAGCGUUUCAUAAACAUCGAAGGGCUAAUUUCAUUUAUUUAUUUUCAAAACCAUACAUAUGCUUCUGGAAAAAUACGGAGUACUGAGAAGAAGAGGUUUCAGGUGUCUUAUUCAAACGAUUUGUCGGUGAUGGCUGUGUAUUUUGAUCAUCGUAUCAAGGCCCCUGACAGCAGUGGAGUGACAGUCCUCAUCUCAUGGCAUUCCAGUUUGUGUGUGCUGGCCGUGGGGUCUGUGAACGCCUCCACCGGGGGCUGCGUGGAUCUGUACCUGCAACAGGGGGAGCAUGUGGAGUUGUGUCAUGUGGAACGGGGUUUCAGCCCCUCAUUGUUACAGUGGCACCCCACUAAACCCCUUCUGGCAGUGGGGUGGGAGACGGGCGAGACCCUGCUCAUGUCACACCCCUCAGGUGAACACACACCUCUGCCAGCAAAUACACACACCGCCUGCAUCACAGUGCUGGAGUGGAGCAGUAACGGCAGCAGACUGGUGACGGGAGAUCAGGCAGGUGUGAUGGCAGUAUGGAGGUUGGAUGCCAGAGGUAAACUGCAGGGCUCUCCUCUGAUAAAACACGAUUACAGUAAACCACUGACCUGUUGUAUCGUCAGACCUGCACCACCUGCAGAGGAUGUGGCAAUGCUGGCCCGUGCAGCUGUGAGCGGGGAUGAAAAUGCUCUGGACAUGUUUAACUGGAAAAAGAGCAAUAGAGGAACUGGUUUUGCACUAGGAUCACAGGAAGGGCUGGCAUUCUUCAUCAGUACCGCUGACGGGAGUGUGUACAGCGUUGAUGAGCAGGCCCACAGUGUUGCGUUACUCUCUGUAGAGAGCGCUGUACAGAAGAUGUGGUACUCUAAACGGAGGGCCGUUCUCGCUGUGGUAACCGACUCUCUCCUGCUCUCUCAGUUCAAUCUUGGACCUGACAGGUUUGCCCAGGAGAUCAGUAAGGUGAAGCUCAGUGGUAGAGGUGUGCAGCACGCUGAUAUUGUGUGGACAGAAAACGGUUUGCUCAUCACAGCGUCUGGAGAACAACACAUCAGGUUGUGGGAUGUGGAGCAUGAUGAUCACUACGCUCUCUCUUUAGAUGAGUCUCUGGGCUUUGAGAAAGGAGAACUCCUCAACUGUGUCUCCUUCUGCACUUUUAGACAAGUUCUUGCAGCAGGCACCAGCAGGGGUCGUGUUGCUCUCUGGCACAUGGUGACAGUGAAUGAUCAGAAAGAAGACACAAAAACACAGUGGAAACUCCAAACACCAGCUGAGGUGGAGGGGAACAUCUCACAGCUACAGUGGGGUUCAAGCUCUCAUCUGCUGGCCGUCUGCAGUAGCAGCUGUGUGGUGAUUCUAUCAGAGCAUGUAAUGUGUUCUCAUUACAACCAGCAGAUGGCAGCAGUGCAGCUCACACCAACACAACUCAGCCUGGCCAACUUCAACACCAACACACACAUCACUUUUCAAACAGACACACACAUCAGAGCUGUACAGGUCACAAAGGAUAUGGUUGCAGUGUGGAAUGGAAAAUGUGUUACUGUAUAUGAGCCAUCAGGACAAACUCUACACAGCACAGGUUCUUUCCAGUGUGAGUCUCCUGCCCUUGCAGUGCAUGAAGAAAAUAUUUAUACUGUAGAACCAAACCGUGUUCAGAUCCGCACACCAAAGGGCACAGUGAAGCAGUUGUUGGUGUUUUCUGAAGUGGAAGGGAACCCUACACUAUUGUGUGUGUGUGGAUCUUACCUGGCUGUGGGAACAGAUACAUCACACGUCCGUGUGUUUGACCUAACACGCAGGGAGGCCAAACCCCUUGGCAUCACUAAGAAUCUAGCUGAGCUCAUUCCUGACCUGGGUGCUCUGAGAUCCGUUAAAUGCAAUGCUAGUGGCAGCCAGUUGAGCGUCCUCAUUACACAGGUGAACGGACGGCCAGACAACAAAGUGUUUUUCUAUGAUAUCGAGCUGGACACACUUUCUUAUUUUGACUUCUUCAGGGGUAGACCAGCGAGCAGUCUCACUCAAUCAGAGGACAGUCAGAGUCGAUGUGAAGGGGAGCUGGCCGCCCGCUGCCCUGUUUCUCAAUUCUGGGAUGAAAACGAACCUCGUCUCUUUGUGUGUGAAGCAUUUUCAGUGAACUCUGACAUUCAAAGCAGCAGUCAAUCACAAACAGAGAAGGAGGACGUGUUGGUGGUGACGUUCUUCGUGACUCAGGAACACGGUGUCCUCCUGCAGGAUUCGCAGCCAAAACCAGCUACACUUUUCUCUCUGCUCGCUCUAGAUACACCGUAUUACUAUUAUAUUUGCAAGCUGGGUGAGGGUGGAGAACAGGGCGAGGUCUCUACACAUGCUGCGGCGCCCCAGGUGCCCUCCCCCCCUCAGAUGGUGGUCCGGCGAGCCCUCCGAGAUUUUGUUGGGUUGGAGAGCUGCGAGAAACAGACCCGAGACGCCAUGCUCAACUUCAGCUUUUAUCUCACCAUCGGAGACAUGGACGAAGCCUUUAAAGCCAUCAAACUCAUCAAAAGUGAGGCAGUGUGGGAGAACAUGGCACGGAUGUGUGUGAAGAGUCGUCGUCUGGACGUGGCGCGCGUGUGUCUGGGGAACAUGGGUAACGCACGGGCUGCUCGCGCUCUCAGGGAUGCGGAAAAAGAGCCAGAGGUGGAGGCACAGGUGGCGGUGCUGGCUACACAACUGGGCAUGCUGAAGGAUGCCGAGCGCUUGUAUAAGUCCUGUGGAAGGUUUGAUUUAUUGAAUAAGUUCUAUCAGGCGGCCGGUCAGUGGCAGCAGGCGGUAGAGACGGCAGAAUCUCACGACCGCAUUCACCUCCGAACAACUUACUACAGCUACGCCAAACACCUGGAGGCAAUGGGAGACAAGAACCUUGCGCUGGUGUAUUUUGAGAAGUCAGACACACAUCGGUUUGAAGUUCCAAGAAUGCUCAUGGAUGAUAACGUUUCAUUGGAGAUCUACAUCAAUAAAAUGAAAGACAAGGACCUGUACAAGUGGUGGGGACAUUAUCUGGAGAGCCAAUCAGACAUGGAGGCUGCAUUGCAUUACUACGAUUUCGCUCAGGACUAUUUGUCUCAAGUGCGCGUUCACUGUUAUCUGGGGAACAUUCAAAAGGCGAGUGAGAUAGCCAAUGAGACCGGGAACAGAGCAGCAUCCUAUCAUGUUGCGCGCCAGUACGAAGGACAGGAUGAAAUCAGCCAAUCUGUGCACUUCUAUACACGAGCUCAAGCCUAUAACAACGCCAUUCGACUGUGUAAAGAGAAUAACUUGGAUGAGCAACUCAUGAAUCUGGCAUUGCUUAGCAACCCAGAGGACAUGAUGGACACGGCCAUGUAUUAUGAAGAAAAAGCAACGCACAUGGACAGGGCUGUUAUGCUUUAUCAUAAGGCAGGUCAUGUCUCGAAGGCUUUGGAAUUAGCUUUUGCCACAGAGCAGUUUGGAGCCCUGCAGCUGAUUGCAGAGGACCUGAAUGAGACCAGUGACCCUGCCUUACUAGCACGCUGCUCUGAUUUCUUCAUAAAACACUCACAGUACCAGAAAGCUGUGGAAUUACUGGUGGCAGCCAAAAAGUACAAUGAGGCGCUCCAGUUGUGUUUGGACCAGAGUUUGACCAUCAACGAAGAUCUGGCUGAAAGUCUGACGGUUCCGCGAGACUCAACCCAUCUGUCUGAGACCGGGCGAAAGGAACUGCUGGAGAAAAUCGCAGACUGUUGUAUGCGGCAGGGCAACUACCACCUAGCAACUAAGAAAUACACACAGGCCGGCAACAAGAUAAAGGCGAUGCGAGCGCUGUUAAAGUCUGGCGAUACAGAGAAAAUCGUAUUUUUUGCAGGUGUUUCCAGACAGAAGGAAAUUUAUGUAAUGGCAGCGAAUUACUUGCAGUCACUGGACUGGAGGAAUGACCCGGAGAUCAUAAAGAAUAUUAUUGGCUUCUACACUAAAGGACGAGCACUUGACCUGCUCGCUGGCUUCUAUGAGGCUUGUGCCGAGGUGGAAAUCGAUGAUUAUCAGAAUUAUGAGAAGGCAUAUGGUGCUUUGACGGAGGCGUGUAAGUGUUUGACUAAAGCUAAGAGUGGAGACGAGGCAGACAGCAGACUUCUCAUACUAACACACAGACUUAGCCUUGUCAAGAAAUUCAUUCAGGCACAAAGAUUGCAUGAAGAGGAUACAGUGGAAGCAUUGCGUAUGUGUGAGUCUCUGCUGGAUGAGAAGGAUCUGGACACUGCGGUGCGUGUUGGAGAUGUGUAUGGGUUCCUAGUGGAACACUACUGCCAACAGGGAAACUUCCAGCAGGCAUGGAGUAAACUCGAGGACUUGAGAUCGGCACGCCCCAACAUAAAUAUGAGCUUAUAUGUAAGUCAAAGCAGUCUUGAGGCACUACAGAAUGCCGCUGGAAUCCGCCCCGUCUAUGGUGACACCUCCAAUAAGUAUGCUGCCGAUGAAGAUGAAGUGGAGGAAGAUGAGGACAUCAAUCAUUGAGAAAAAAGUUAUCGCCUUUAGGGGGUUGAUCCUUACGAUACCAACAGUUAAUUGCACGCAUUUCCCAAUGCACCCAAAAACACACACUACUAGCCUACAAGUCUGCCUACGAGUCUUGGUUUGCUCACCCACUCUCUUAAAAGGAUUAUUUCAGGUUCAAUACAAGUUAAGCCCAAUUAGCAGGCAUAACGUUGAUUACCACAAACAUUUAUUUCAAUAUGUCACUUCUAUUGUUAGUGCAUCACUGUAACCUCGAAUUUUGCUUUUUUAAAUAAAAUGAGGGACAAGUCGAAAUUAGGUUAUUUUGUUGUGGUAAUCAACAUUAUGCCACAAAUGCUGUUAAUUGAGCUUCACUUGUAUUGAACCUGGAAUAUGCCUUUAAAAUGUGCCAUAUCAUUAAGAGACUGCUAGAAUUUCUCCGUCUAAUAAAUGGAUGGGUUGUGUGACUUUGACUUUAAAGCUACAUUGCAGGUUGCCUUAAAGUAAUAGUUCACCCAAAAAAAGACAAUUUUCUUAUCAUUUACUCACUCUCGUGCCAUCCCAGAUGUUUACAACUUUCCUCUAUCUCCUCUGUAGGUCCAUACAAUGCAAGUGGAUGGUGAUCAGAACUUUUAAGCUCCAAAAAUCACAUAAAGUCAGCAUAAAUGUAGUCUAAA